AUGGAUGAAACUGAAAACGAAAUCACUGAGAUGUUUCAUGGCCAAGCCCAACUGUAUAAGGUCAUGUAUCUUUGGAUACCCUCUUUAUGUCUAAAAUGUGCCAUUGAGCUUGAAAUACCAAACAUAAUCUACAAACAUGGCCAACCCAUCCCUCUUUCUCAGUUGGUAUCAACCCUCAAACUUCCACCCUCUAAAGCUACCUUUGUGAAAGGGCUCAUGCAGUUGCUAGCUCACAAUGGCCUCUUCACUAUCAUCAAAAGAACCAACAAUGAAGAAGAAGAAGAAAGUGAAGUGGCAUAUGAUCUCACUUCUGCAUUAAAACUUCUUGUGAGUGGCACAGAUCAUUGUUUAUCUCCAAUGGUUCAAUUGGUAGUAAACCCUACUAUGAUUUAUUUGCAUAAUCACUUGGGGAAAUGGGUUCAUCAGAAGGAAAAUUCAGUCAGAGAGACAAUAUCUGGUAUGAGCCCUUGUGACUUUCUUAAGCAAAACCCAGCAGAAUUGGCAGCCUUCCAAGAAGCAAUGGCUAAUGAUUCUAGAUUCUUGAAAAUGGCACUGAUCAAAGGCUUGGAUUCUGUUUUGGACGGAUUGGGUUCUAUUGUUGAUGUUGGUGGUGGAAAUGGGACCACAGCUAAGAGAAUAUGCGAAGCAUUCCCCAAAUUGAAAUACGCAGUGCUUGAUCUUCUGAGACUGUAG